UGUGCAUUGUGGUCCGGCGGCGGGGGGCGAACAUGGCCGAGAAGCAGAAGCACGAUGGGCGGGUGAAGAUCGGCCACUACGUGCUGGGGGACACGCUGGGGGUCGGCACCUUCGGCAAAGUCAAGAGCUGAGUACCGCGGCCGCGGGCGGGGCCGGGCCGGGCCGGGCGCGCCCCUCGCCGCCGCCUCCCUCCUCCCGCUCCCGCGGCCUCCGCGCCGGUAUCGCCUCCCUCCCUCCCUCCCUCCCUCCCUCCCUUCCCCGGGCUCCGCUCCCUUCCCCGGGCUCCGCUCCUGGGCGGCAUCCCCGGCGGCAGCGGCUGGCGGAGCCGUGCCCGGGGCGCACGGCGGGGAUGCGGCUGGGGGGAGAUGCGGCGCUCGCCCCUCGCUGCUCCGGGCUGUGACAGCCCCCGGAGCCCGUGCUGCGAGCAGCACCCACCCAAACUUUGCUGCCGCGCUCGCAGGGAGGCGAUGGGGAGGGAGGCUGGAGCGCACCGGCAUCCUGCUCCUCCGUGCCGGGAACGCGCUGCUCGCUGCCGCCCUUCCUGAGGGGCCGCGGGGCUCCGGGCUGCUCCGGGCUGCUCCGGGGUGUUCCCGGGUGCUCCGGAGCCGAGGGGUCCGUGCUGCCGCCCCGAGCAUCGCCCCGCAGCUCCGAGCGGCUCCCGCGGGGAUGGAGGCGCCGGGCGGGCAGGGAUGAGCCCUGGGCUGCCUUCACCUCUGGCUCCAGAGCCACCUGAGCACCUUCCAGUGCGUAAACGGGCUGCAGGAGAGCUGGAGAGGGACUGGUGGGGCGAGGGGAAUGGCUUCGUGCUGACACAGGGCAGGGUUAGAUGAAAUUGGGGAGGAAUUGUUCCCUGUGCGGGUGUUCAGCUUCCUUCCAGGGAAGCUGUUCAUCCCUGGAAGUGUUCAAAGCCAGGUCGGAUGGGGCUUGGAGCAACCUGGGGUAGUCAGAGGUGUCCCUGCCCGUGGAAGAGGGAGGGAUGAGAUGAGCUUUAAGGUCUCUUCCAUCCCAAACUGUUCCAGGGUUGUGUCAGGCUGGGGCUCCGCGCAGGGAUUCUUUGGCUGGUCAUGCCAGAGCAGCCAGCUCACAUCCUGAAGGCUUUGCUUUACCUGGCUGUGAGGUUUGCAAAUAUUUGUGUUUCUUUUUUCCCUGUGGAUUCUGCCGUUGCGUGCAAAUUUCAUUUUUUAAACAAGAUACUAAAAAACCAGAAAACGAACCAAAUUCAGUCUCUAAGCUGUGUUUCCCAGUUGGAAUUUGGUUUAGCUCGAGCUGGGGGAGCAGCUGUCCCACUCAGUGUCCCCCCACCCCAGUGGGAUGUGGCUGGUUCUGUGCCUGCCCUCAGUUCCUGGAGUUUUAAAAUAAACCCAAAUUGACAGCAGAUGAAAGAAACCACCACAACCACUGCAGCUAAGUCCACCUGUGGCCAUUAAUCACGCCCCUAAAAAUAUAUUGCUCUGUUUAAUCCCAAACCACAAAUUUACUGUCUAAAGAAUUAUCAGAAUAAAUACUUCUAACAGUAAGGACCAUUUAAAUCACUCGUGUGUACUAGCAGACCUCAGAACUGCUCCAAAGGCAGGUUUUCUCCUUGCAGACCAAUUUAAACCUGCCAACAAUUGCCUUUUUUCCCCUUAACUAGCACAAAUACCCCCUACCCCACAUAUGACCUGAGUUUGGUAAAAACGGACAUUUUCCAAAGAAAUAUUUCAAAUAACAUAAAAGAGAUUUCCUGGCUCAAGAUCUUUUAUAGGUGAGUAGUACACUUUGUAUGGUUUUUUCCCUUAAUAUUUUGCCUACAACUGACAGGUGAAGUUUGUGCUUGAGACUGGGAACUGAAAUGAAGAAAUGGAAUCUCCCACUCAUAUAGAAUUACAGCAUUUUAAUCAAAUGAGCUGUAGAAAAACUUGUAUUCACAUCAGAAAAGUGGAGGGUUUUGUUGAUUGAUUCAAGCAUUGUGUGUUGGGUAUAAUAAUUGCUUUUUCAGGGAGAAGUCAGGUGCCAUCAGUGACAUUUCUUGCUGCUUAUGUGUUUUUUUAAAAUUCUGCCUUGCACCAGGUUUUGGUUUUGGCGCUUUUUGCUGUCUUACUCGUUAAAGAAAUCAUAAUUUACAGUUGUUCAGGAUUAUUGUUAUUAGGGACAUAAGAAAUGGCAAUGAAAGAGAGGAUUUAGUGAUGUGGGGUACAAACCAGGGCUCCAACUCGUGGCUGGAGCUGAGGAAUCAUUUGGAGCCAUCAGGAGCCAGAGACACAACAGGAAAAGUCCCUGACUGCCUGGGUCAUCAGGGAGCUGAUCCUCCCAAAAACUGCAAGAAACUGUUUUGUUUUUUAAGCUAUUUCCAUUUCUGGAUCUCAUUUACAGAAAGUCCACACAAGGCACAGAGGGGAGCAAAGAGGCUGGCAACUGAGGGCAGGAUUUUGGUGCUAACACUGAAAUUCCAUCUGGAAGUGGGGAUGAGGACCCAGCAUCUGUUAGAAGAGAGGGAGGUGGCAGGGGCUGAUGUGGUGGAUGGACAGGAGGUGUCAUGUCAAGGCUUGGAGUUGCCACACAGCAUUUUUACCAAAUGUAGUUAUUUUCCCUGUUAUUAUCCCAAAGAUAAUUUACAGAAAAUAGAAUUAUUUGCAGAAAAAAAUAUUAAUUUGUAGAAAAUCAGAAUAAUUUGCAGAAAUAGAACUGUGGAGGUCUUGGAUUUUGGAGUUUAGCAAAACCUUGAAGGAAAGAGGUGGCAUCUCCUUCCCAGGGGGUUGGCAAGAACAGAUGAGACAAAUUGUGUUUGCUGUGGGCAUGUCCCACCCUGUGGGUCCCCAAAAGCUCUGCUGUGACCACAGUGAGGUUCACAGUAGUAACCCAGAUAUUUUCUGUGUGUGAUGCCACCCACAGCAUCCCUGGGGGCCUUGGUGGCUCCUUUGCCUGGCUUGUUUGCCACAGAAGUGACAGAUUUGUGGUCCCUGGAGGGCUGGCAGUGCUUGGGUUGUGUUUGUGUCACCUCCAUGGGCUCCAGUCGGGAUCAGAUCCCAUUUUUCCCAGGCACCGUGGCAUUGCUGCUGAAAGACAAACUUGGUGUCAGAGGGAAGAUAAACUAAAGGAGACUGAGCAGAGGAAGGGCAGGGAGAGGCUGGGACAACACACAAGUGGCACUGGGGCAGAAUUAAUGCAGCAUUGCUAAAUAUAUGCUUUGGAUGGAUUUCAUUUUUAACUUUGGGCUGAGAUAAGGGCCAGCAGAGCUGAUAGGGAAGGAGUUUCCUCACCCCUCCACAAGCUUCUACAUUGCCCUGAAGAUUUUGCAAAAAUGUUAACUGCUUGUGCUGCCUGAGCUGGUAGGAUAAAGAAAGUGAUGUAGAAAGCCAUGCUGUCAAGGGGUUUUAUUUAUUUUUUAUUUAUUAUCUGUGCUCAUGGUGCUAUAAUCACUAUUGCUCCUCUUUUUCUUUUUUUUUUUUCCUUUUAUAAAAAUAAGUAAAUGUCAAGAGUGUCCUUUCCACUUUUUGAAUCUGGGGAGGCAGUGAGAGAGAAGGAGGUGUCCUCACCAGCAGCCAAGGCCACCACUGCCCACCCUGGGGUUGGUGAACACCAGCUGACAGGGCACAAAGUGGCAGUGAAAAUACUGAACAGGCAGAAAAUCCGCAGCCUGGAUGUGGUGGGGAAGAUCAAACGAGAAAUUCAAAACCUGAAGCUCUUCCGGCACCCUCACAUUAUCAAACUGUACCAGGUCAUCAGCACACCAACAGACUUCUUCAUGGUCAUGGAAUACGUGUCCGGGGGGGAAUUGUUUGAUUACAUCUGUAAGCACGGACGUGUCGAGGAGGCAGAAGCUCGACGCCUUUUCCAGCAGAUCCUGUCUGCAGUGGAUUACUGCCACAGGCACAUGGUGGUGCACAGGGACCUGAAGCCAGAGAAUGUGCUGCUGGAUGCACACAUGAAUGCAAAGAUAGCUGAUUUUGGACUGUCCAACAUGAUGUCAGAUGGUGAAUUUCUACGCACCAGCUGUGGUUCCCCAAAUUAUGCAGCCCCUGAAGUCAUCUCUGGAAGGCUCUAUGCUGGCCCAGAGGUGGACAUCUGGAGCUGUGGUGUCAUCCUCUACGCCCUCCUGUGUGGCACUCUGCCUUUUGACGACGAGCACGUCCCCACCCUGUUCAAGAAGAUCCGUGGGGGAGUGUUCUACAUCCCUGAGUACCUCAACCGCUCCGUGGCCACGCUCCUCAUGCACAUGCUGCAGGUGGACCCCCUCAAGAGAGCCACCAUCAAGGACAUCAGGGAACACGAGUGGUUCAAGGAGGAGCUGCCCAGUUACCUGUUCCCAGAGGACCCUUCCUACGACGCCACGGUCGUCGACGACGAGGCGGUGCGGGAGGUGUGCGAGAAGUUCGAGUGCACCGAGUCGGAGGUGAUGAACAGCCUGUACAGCGGCGACCCCCAGGACCAGCUGGCCGUGGCCUACCACCUGGUCAUCGACAACCGCCGCAUCAUGAACCAGGCCAGCGAGUUCUACCUGGCCUCCAGCCCUCCCACCGGCUCCUUCAUGGACGACAGCGCCCUGCACAUCCCUCCGGGCGUGAAGCCGCACCCCGAGCGGAUGCCGCCGCUCAUCGCCGACAGCCCCAAGGCUCGCUGUCCCCUGGACGCCCUCAACACCACCAAGCCAAAGCCCCUGACGGUCAAAAAGGCCAAGUGGCACCUGGGGAUCCGCAGCCAGAGCAAGCCCUAUGACAUUAUGGCUGAGGUGUACCGGGCUAUGAAGCAGCUGGACUUCGAGUGGAAGGUGGUGAACGCCUACCACCUGCGGGUGCGCCGCAAGAACCCCGUGACCGGCAACUACGUCAAGAUGAGCCUGCAGCUCUACCAGGUGGACAACCGCAGCUAUCUGCUGGACUUCAAAAGCAUCGAUGACGAGGUGAUGGAGCAGAGAUCUGGCUCCUCCACGCCGCAGCGCUCCUGCUCGGCCGCGGGCUUGCACCGGCCGCGCCUGAGCAUCGACGCGGCCGCGGCCGCCGAGUGCCAGUCGCUGAUGGGCUCCCUGAGCGGCUCCUUCGUGGGCAGCAUCCCCUCGGUGCCCCCUCGCCUGGGCAGCCACACCAUGGACUUCUUCGAGAUGUGUGCCAGCCUCAUCAUGGCCCUGGCCCGCUGACGGCCGCUCUGUGAGGAUCUGCGCCGACUCGUCCGCCCCCUCCUUUCUCUCGCUUCCUUGUUCUUCCUCCUCCUCCCCUCACUGCCCCACAGAGCCAAGUCCAGACCCAAAACAUGCCCCCCUCUAGCAAGGCACCAAGGAAAUUAACUUAAUUUCUCUCCUUGUGCCUGGCGAAAUGUAUCCAAUACUCUUUUUUCUUCUUUCCUUGUGAACCCCAUGGGAAAUGUUAAGGCUGUAAAGUAACAAACAUUAUCACUGAGUUUUUGGAAAACACCUCCCCCUGGUUCAUCCUGAGGUAAUGGAGGCAUAGCCAUGCUUCCUGCAGGGAGUUUGAUGUUUCCCUGAGGCUGUGCAGAGCAGGGGCAGGCUGAGCUGAGCCAGGGCAGAGUGGUUGACCAGGAGCUCUGUGAGGUGGAGUUGGAGGGUGAUGAAGCAGCUCUGCAGUGUUCACACCCAGGUGCCAGCCUCUCUAACACUUUUCUCCCCAAAGCAGCAGCUGCUUAGAUGCUUCUGCACUAGUGCAAUAUGACCUCCCUCCCCUCUCUUUUUCUUCUCUGCUGAAGAUGGGCAGGGAAGGUGUGAUGUGCAAAGGUCCUGUGCAAACCUGCCGUGGGGAGGCCACUCUUUGCAGAGUCCCUAAGGUGCAGUCUUUGUCCCUGUCCUCUCUUUGCAGAGGAGUGUCCCUAAGGUGCAGUCUUUGUCCCUGUCCUCUCUUUGCAGAGGAGUGUCCCUAAGGUGCUUUAUUUUGCCCAAGGGCUCCGCACAGCACUGACCCACUCGCCACGCUCGGAGCUGAAGGCAGAUUGCCUUUUUCUCUCCUCCCUCCAGCCUGCUCCCCCUCCCCUGCCUCACCACAGGCCCCGGGGGCUGAAUCCCAAGCAGGGUUCAGGUGAGCAGAGGACAGGAUCUGGAUCAGCCACCUAGAAGCCAGCUCUUCCCCCGAGGGCUGGGAUCAUCCCUGAUGGGCAGGAGCCAUCAGCAGCGCACAGCUCCGGAGCACUCACCACUCACCUUUCCCCUAGGACACUCUGGCUGUUGUCACCUCCCCAAAAUCACUGCCAAAUCUGCCUUCCCUGCUGCUGGACACUCACUGCCCCUGCCCAAGGGCUCUCCUGUCCUGCUGCUGCUGCCCACUGGACUGUGACCUUCGCUGCUCCGCUGACCAGGCAGGGAUAUCCCAACCCGGAAUUUUACUGUUCCUUUGCUACUGGCUAUCUGAAGGAUUGGAUUUUACUUUUUAAGAUGAACUGCGGGGAUUUUUAAGGUUAAAUUCUUGUUACCCAAGGGUAAACCCUAAUGCAUGUGUGACUUCUUUGUUUAAAGGAGUUAUUUUUUAUUACACGGGAUUAAGCUAAUGGGCAGCGUUGGCAUCUGCUUGGCUUUGACAUGGUAUUUAAUUCCAUUUACUUGAUUAUGAAGUAAUAGUCUAAUCAAGGAACAAAUGCUUUAUGAAAGCUUUGCCAAAAAAAUGUUGGGUGGGGGUUUGGUUUUGUUCUGUUUUUUUUGUUUGUUUGUUUUUUUUUUUGUUUGUUUUUUUUUUUUUUUCUUUUGUGUUCUGUUUUAAGAAACAAAGCAAAGAACUUUUGCUGGUCCCAGGUAUGCAGUCAUUCAACUUGAAAAAAAAUGUAAUCUGUCUUUUUGAUAGCUUCUUAUGACCCCUUAAGGUUUUUUCCUAGGGUUUUCUUUUGUACAGUUGCACUUUAAUUUAUACUUUCUGCAAGUUUGUAUGAGAAGCAAGGAAGAGAACAGCAAAUUGAGCCUUUUUUACUAAUCAUUUAAAGUAAUCAAGACAAACAUGGGAUAUUUUUGCCAUCUACUGGCAGUUAAAUGGACCUUUUCAGUUUUAAGUCCCUUUUUAAAAAAAAGAACCACAAAAUUGCCUUACUUUUGUUACAGAUUGUGCUUGGAUCCUCACUAACGUGACUUUACAGCUGCAAUUUUUCCAGAAGCCGCACAAAGUAGAAAGCUUCCAAAAAAAAAAAAAAAAAGAAAAAAAAAAGAAAAAGAAAAAAGUCAGUUUUGCUGUUAAGCUCUUGAACAUUAAAUCCAACACAGCAGUGGUUGGACUGUAAGAAAUACUGGAAAUAUUUGUAGUGCUCCUAGGUUUUGUAACGAGUCUUUUAUUACAUUAUGAUUAUUAAAUAAGUAUUCUGGGGUGAGGAUGGCUUUGGUGCUGUGCCUGGUGCCUGCCAGGUGAUUUGUGUCCCCAGUGCUGUGGUGUGAGUUUGGAUGGAGAAUCCAAACUCCUGCAUGAAAAAAAAACCCCAAACCCCACCCCAGAGUCAAAGCUGAGGAGCACCCAGCCCUCCAGCAGCUUUUGGAUCAAGGCUGAGAUGAGCAAAAAUGGUUUGGGGUGAUGGGGAUAAACCCCUUUGCAAAGGAGCAGGAACAGCUAUAGGGCCAGGAAACAGCAAUGAGUGAAGUGUAUUUCAAAUGUUAAAGGCUUUUCAAAUCUUCACUCCCAGCUGAGCAUCUUGCCAAGUCCUGGCAGCACCCGUAGCCCCCUUGAUAGGGGCUGGUGUGUUCCAGUCUGGGGCUCAGGAGCAGGGAGAUGUACUGAUGUCUUUGUUCAAAUUGACUCUUGUCCUCUGGGAUUUCCUACCCAGCAGAACUAAUAGUAUUAAGCAGCAGUAAAUGCCCUUGGGAGGAAAUAUUUGCUUCCUGGAGGCAGGUGGGAUUUCUAGGUUGUAGAAUAAGCCCCUUGUGGCACUUGGCAUCUUCUCCGACCCGUGCAAACAUUAACUGCUGUGAGGAUCUGCAGAACCAGUCCUGCCUGGAGGGCAGUCAGAGUUACUCAGCUUUCCAUAUGGAGAGACACAAAGAGAUGAAGCACUUCCAUGCUCAGGGUCAGCAGAGGCAGUGGAGGGAGCAGGACUGGUGGAAGCACCUCCCCAGUGACCACAUCGGACUGACUGGUCCAUCACAGCCUUGCCCAAAUCCGUGCUGCACUUUGGAACACUCUGAGGACUUUCACUUCUUUGUAUUAUUUAUUUUACCUUCAAAUAGGCUGUGUUCUGUUUCCCAGCUGCAGAGGAGCUGCUGACCUCCAGUUACAUUUUCCAGAGGAAGAGUUUAACUUCCACACUGUUACACUGUGGUCAGCUCUUUUUGAGUUAUGCUGGUACAUGCACAAGCGUCGGGAAAAGCAGGGUAGACAAUAUUUGAACUACAGAAACUUGAAUUACUCCAAGUGCAAUUCUUCAGAAGCCACUGAACAGCUGUGCUUUGCAAACCACAAACUCACCCAAAUUUUGCUUCAGCUCGAGGGGGAGAGAGAUAAAAUGUAAAGGAUAAAGAGUUCAGAUGGGCUCCAACAGAAACCUCCAGCUCCUGGAUGAGUUAAUUCAAAAAUACCUUUUGCUUGUUCUUGUUGGAAGCUGUGUAUAUGUAAAUAUUAUAUAUGUAUACAUGCAUAUAUAUAUAUAAUGUAGGUGGCAUCCCUGUCAUUGACCUCUCAGCUUUAUUCUUCCAGCAGGGCAGGUGUGUGCCCGGGACACUGCCACCCCUCACUAAUCCCAGCCUCUGAGAGGACCUGGACAAAGGGAAUGCUAUUUUUACACCCUCUUUUAGGUAAAGCCCAUGAGUAGCUUAGCUCACCCCGUCAGGCUCGGCAUGGCCUUGGCCAGGGAUGGGAGGGGAAGUGGCAUCAGGAGCUGUGAGAAUCCUGCCCUUCCACCCCCCUGGCCAAAGCCUUGCUGCUGGUGGGGUUUGGGGCAGGUUUAUUUUCAGGAGCUGGAGCUGAGCAGGUAAAGGCAGCAGGAUGGGUUUUUUUCCCCUUCAACGGGUCAGAAAUGUAUCUUCAGCUGUGUGUCCAGUUUAGCAUUUCACGAGGUGUGUACAAGCACAGGGGAGUCCAUGGGCAGUGUUGUAAAAACGUGAGCCAGCUGGUUAGCGUGUGCCGUGUAUACGUUUCUGUGUGUGAUUAUAGUGGCAUUCGUGUUGGAAUUGAUGAGGUUUGAACAAAAUAACCCUUCUGUCUACUCCUUUUCAUUUCACUGCUGUUUGCUGUCAGCGUGCAGCCCUGUAGGAGGAAGAGGGAGCUGUGUGCAGGACAUGAACUCGUGCCUUCGCUGCGCGUUGGGACUGCUGGAAGUGGCAGCUUUGUUUCACGAGGUGCACAAUUUCCCCAGCUCGUGCAGGAUCCCCCCUCUGAGACAUGCAGGCCGUGUUUCUAAAUACUUGAAGUACCAUUUGUUGUGCAAUUAUUUGGCUUCACCCUUUUAUUAGCUGAGAGGAGAGAGGGAAGAAGAAUCGCACAUCUGGAUGAGCCAAGCCAACCCCCGCUCGAGCUCCUGCUGUUCCUUCCCUGGAAAGUUUUAGGGUCUGGUUUUGUUCCAGGUAUAUGAUGGACCUUACUAGAGUCACCUUUCUUAAGGUCUUAUUUUGGUAUGGGCUUUUCAUUUAGUGCUUCCCUUUGGCUUCCUUAGCCCUCCCCUUACAUAUCCCUUUUUCAUCAUUUGCUUAUUAAAAAAAAAAUGCAACAGCUUCUUGUAAUUCUGAGUUCCCAGUCUGCCUCCCAGCCAUGGAGUUAAUGAUUCAGCCAGAGGUACCUCAGUCCCAUGCCUGAGAGGUGAACUGGGUUUCAGAGUUCCCACAUGACACCUACUGAUGGAACACUGACUUUUGCAGGGAGCACACCUGGUAUUCGCUGCACAGAUCUUUGCUCAUUUUAAUUGUUAAAAUUAGGAGAACUAGACUGUGAAUCAGAGCUCUACCUGCAAGCACGAGUACACUUUUGGUGUUAGAAAAAGUCUGUUUUCAACAAAAGCCUUGAAGUUCCUGCUGAAGCUGCCUUAAUUUAAAAAUCAAAGUUUAUUUGUAAGACUCAUCUCUGAUUUAUUUUUUUUUAAGUUUGGAAAUAGUUUAUUUAUCCUCAUCUCACAAAGCUGUGAAGUAGAUCCUGUAGCCAUGGUAAUAUUUAUUCUUGUUGCUGAAAGCAUGUUCAUGUGUUCUGUAUCAUGUUAUAUUCACGUGGUUUGUACCUCAAUGCAUUUGUUUUGUUUUUUUCUUUUAGAGCACAAAGCAAAACUGAAUCUCAGGAUUUCUGUGGUGUCCUUGGCCCAGCAUCUUUGGGCAGACAAACCUCAGCUCUAUGAGAGAGGUAAACUGGACUGUCCACUGCAAUUCUUAAUUCAUACUUUAAUGGGUAUUGAUGAUUUAUAAUGUUAUGUAUUUAUAAUUUUAAGAAAAAGAUACUGAACUUUAAAAAGUUCUGAGUAGAAGCAUCCCUUCAAAUAUAUCAUUAACAUGAAGCUCAGGAAAAAAACCCCUUGAGCUCUGUAAACACUCCAUCCUUGAUAUUUUCUAUUAUUUUGUCAACUGAGGGCCUGGAGAGGGUUUUGUUUCCCAGUUCAUGGCUGUAGUACCUUCUGUCAUGGAAGGGCACAGAGCCCUGGUUCAGUUUUGUCCUUUGUGCAUCAGAUAAUCACAACGAAGCCUUUUUCCUUCCAUUUAUGGUGUGGAAAGUGUUUCUCGGUGUACUGCACUGCAUGUGAUAGCUGUCUCCAUGGUUGACAUUUGCACUUUAAUAAACUCAGAGAUGAAAAGAGAUAAAA